CUGCAGGAGAUAAGGGGAGAGUGAAAGUUUGGAGAACUCUCUCACUCUAUUUUCUGGUGACAUCAGGAGAGAGAGACCCAGGGGGAGGGAGAGCUGGUGGGGGCGAUCCCGCAUGCUUGGUUCAGGACGCUCCAGUUUGCUGCGCUCCUAAACUUUUUCCUGGAGCUCUCCUGGCAGCGGAUGGAUGUUCUCUGGAAGGAGGAACCAGCCCACCAGAAUAUUUCCACCUGGUUCAGUCCGAAAGGAUUCUGAUAACUUAGCGGAGACUUUGAGAUUGGGAAGCGUUUGGAGAGCCUUUACGCACUGAAGAGGCGCAGUUUGGUGUUUUGGGGGAUAAAGGAGUUUUUCCUUUGAUAAACUUGAAAACUCAGAGCAAAGGGAGGGAGUUUAACUUUAACAAACCCGAGAGGAUCAUCCUUGACCACUGCCGGGACCUACCUAUCAGCUCCACAUCGUUCGUGCAGCCGGAUAGUAUAGUUUCAGUUGGAGGUACCAGUCUGUCGGAGAUGUCUGGAGCCGGGUGGCAGGAGCGCGCCGGGCUCAGCCGGUUUGGGGCUCUGCUUUGCGCGGUGCUGCUGUGGGCCGCCAGGGUGGAGGGAUGCCCACACAAGUGCAGCUGCUCCGGGUCUCAUGUGGACUGCCAGGGUCUGGGUCUAAAAGCUGUACCCAAAGGAAUCCCGCGGAGUGCAGAGCGCCUGGAUUUAAACCGAAACAACAUCACCAGAAUCACUAAAGUGGACUUCUCUGGACUGAAGAACCUCAGGAUUCUUCAUCUGGAGGACAACCAAAUCAGCGUCAUCGAGAGAGGAGCCUUCCAGGACCUGAGGCUGCUGGAGAGACUACGCCUGAAUAGGAACAAACUCCAGUUCCUCCCAGAACUUCUCUUCCAGUCCAAUCCCAAACUGGGUAGAGUAGACCUCAGUGAGAACCAGAUUCAAGCGGUUCCUAGAAAGGCUUUCAGAGGAAUCACCAACGUGAAGAACCUGCAACUGGACAGCAACCACAUCAGCUGCAUCGAAGAUGGAGCUUUCCGAGCGCUGCGCGAUCUGGAGAUUCUCACCCUCAACAACAACAACAUCACUCUUAUCCCACUGUCAAGCUUUAACCACAUGCCCAAGCUGCGGACGCUGCGUCUGCACUCCAACAACCUCCACUGUGACUGCCACCUGGCCUGGCUCUCUGAUUGGCUUAGAGCCAGGCGGGGCUUGGCUCCCUUCACCCAGUGCAUGUCCCCGGCCCAGAUGCGGGGCCUUAAUAUCCCAGAUGUGCAGAAGAAGGAUUUUAUCUGUAAUGGUCCCGUUCAGACGGAGUCGAGGGCGUGCUCCCCUCAGGUAGCCGUGUGUCCUCCCAGCUGCACCUGCAACAACAACAUUGUGGACUGUCGCCGCAAAGGGCUGACGGAAAUCCCAGGCAACCUACCAGAAGGCAUCGUAGAGAUUCGUUUGGAGCAGAACUUGAUCAAAAGUGUCCCACCUGGAGCCUUUACAGCCUAUAAGAAGCUGAAGAGAAUUGACUUGAGCAAGAACCAGAUUUCCGACGUUGCUGCGGAUGCUUUCAGCGGACUUCGCUCCCUCACCUCGUUGGUGCUGUACGGCAAUAAGAUCGCCGAGCUGCCUAAAGGAAUAUUUGAUGGACUGGCUUCCCUGCAGCUGCUAUUACUGAAUGCCAACAAGAUCAACUGUUUGAGAGUGAACACCUUCCAGGACCUGCAGAACCUGAACCUGCUGUCCUUGUAUGACAACAAGCUGCAAACCAUCAGCAAAGGCCUCUUCACGCCUCUGCGCUCCAUCAAGACUCUCCAUCUGGCCCAGAAUCCCUUUAUGUGCGACUGUCACCUGAAGUGGCUGGCUGACUACCUGUUCGACAACCCCAUCGAGACCAGUGGAGCUCGCUGCAGCCACCCCAGACGGCUGGCAAACAAACGCAUCAGCCAGGUCAAAGGCAAGAAGUUCAGAUGCACAGGUCAGGAGGAUUAUCGCAGCCGUCUGAGUGGGGACUGUUUCCAGGAUCUGGUGUGCCCAGAAAAAUGUCGUUGUGAAGGCACAGUGGUUGACUGCUCCAACCUCAAGCUCACCCGAAUUCCUCCACACAUCCCUGAACACACCACCGAUCUGCGGUUAAACGACAAUGAAAUUACCACCCUGGAAGCUACUGGGACUUUUAAGAAGCUGCCCAACUUGAAGAAAAUAAACCUGAGCAACAACAAGCUGAGGGAUAUCCGUGAAGGAGCCUUCGAUGGAGCUGGAGGAGUGCUGGAGCUGCUGCUAACAGGGAAUAAGUUAACGGGGCUGCAGGGACGUAUGUUCAGAGGCCUGAGCAGCCUGAAGACCCUCAUGCUGCGGAGCAACCAGAUCAGCUGCAUCGACAACGGUACCUUCACGGGUCUGAGCUCGGUGCGUCUGCUGUCCCUCUAUGACAACAGGAUUGCCAGCAUUGCUCCUGGAGCCUUUUCUACCCUCCAUUCCCUGUCCACCAUAAACCUUCUCUCCAACCCGUAUGUGUGUGACUGCCAGCUGGCCUGGCUCGGUCAGUGGCUGAAGAAGACCAGAGUGGUGAGUGGGAACCCCCGCUGCCAGAAGCCCGCCUUCCUGAAGGAGAUCCCCAUCCAGGACGUGGCUGCCCCUGACUUCACAUGUGAUGGUGCUGAGGAUAAUGGCUGUCUUCCUGCAUCUGGUUGUCCCGACGUCUGCACAUGUUCAGACGGAGUGGUGCGAUGUAGCAACAGAGGGCUGCAUGCUCUCCCUAAAGGCAUUCCCAAGGACACCACAGAGCUGUACCUGGAGGGUAACAUGCUGUCCUCUGUUCCUAAGGAGCUGGCAGCCCUGAAGCAGCUAUCUCUGGUGGACCUGAGCAACAACAGCAUCAGCACAGUGGCUCCGUAUACCUUCAACAACAUGACACAGCUGGCCACACUCAUCCUGAGCUACAACCAGAUCCGCUGCAUCCCACUCCACGCCUUCGAUGGCCUCAGGUCUCUCCGUCUUCUGACUCUCCAUGGCAACGACCUGUCUACCAUCACUGAAGGAGCCUUCAGCCACCUGACCUCUCUGUCUCACCUGGCUCUCGGGGCCAACCCUUUGUACUGUAACUGUGACUUACGCUGGCUCUCUCAGUGGGUCAAGGCCGGCUUCAAAGAACCUGGCAUUGCUCGCUGUGCCGGACCUCCUGAAAUGGCUGACAGACUGCUGCUCACUACGCCACUCAACAGAUUUCAGUGUAAAGGUCCUGUGGAUAUCAGCCUGAUGUCAAAGUGCUCCCCCUGCUUGGCGGCCCCCUGCCGGAACAACGGCACCUGCGUCUCUAAUGCUGCAGGAUCCUACCACUGCACCUGUCCAUAUGGAUUCAAGGGUCAAGACUGUGAGGUAGCGAUCAACGCCUGUAUCAGCUUCCCUUGCCUUAACGGGGGAACCUGUCACAUUCAACCCGGACAAGAGGACCGCUUCAGCUGUGUGUGUCCGCCAGGCUUCGAUGGACAGCGGUGUGAGAUAAACCCAAACGACUGUGAAGACAAUGACUGUGAGAACAACUCCACCUGCAUUGAUGGGGUGAACAACUACACCUGUGUCUGCCCCCCCAAUUACACAGGUGACCUGUGUGACGAGGUGGUUGACCCGUGUCUCACCGGUGUUGACCCAUGUCAGCAUGACUCCAAGUGUGUCCAAGUUGGCCGAAGUUACAGGUGCGAAUGUUUGCCAGGCUACGUGGGCCAACACUGCGAGCAGGACUAUAAUGACUGUUUGGAGAAUAAAUGCCAACAUGGUGCAGAGUGUGUGGACGCUGUCAACGGCUAUACCUGCAUCUGUAAAGAGGGUUUCAGUGGGCUGUUCUGUGAAAACCCUCCACCAAUGAUCUUGCUGCAGACCAGCCCCUGCGACCAAUCAGACUGCCAGAAUGGUGCCCAGUGCCUGGUGGUUGCUGGGGAGCCCAUCUGCCGCUGCAUACCUGGUUACUAUGGCAACAAAUGCGACAAAAUUUCCACCGUUCACUUCUUGGGUCGGGAUGGGUUCGUGGAGCUACACGGCACCAAGCUGCGACCGACGGCUCACAUUUCACUGCAGAUGGCCACAGAUAAAGACAACGGCAUCCUGUUGUACAAAGAAGACCUGGACCCGCUGGCCCUGGAGCUCUACCAGGGACACAUCCGGCUCAUUUAUGACAUGGCCAACUACCCGCCGACCACCGUUUACAGCGUUGAGUCGGUCAGUGACGGGCUUUUCCACACAGUGGAGCUACUGAUCCAGAACCAUUCGUUGAGCCUGGUGGUGGAUAACGGCGCCCCGAAGAGCCUGGGCAAGCUGGCCCGGCAGCCCUCAGUGGACCUCAACACCCAGCUCUACAUUGGAGGUGUCCCCUCCCAGGUGGUGGCCUCAGGUCUACGUCCAGGUCCUGACCGCUCUCCUCAGGGGUUUGAUGGCUGCAUCCACAACGUUCGCAUCAAUGGAGAGACUCAGGACCUGAGCUUCCAGUCCACAGGAGGACCGCCACAUGGGACGGAAGCCAAGGCUGUAGCCGUUCUGGUAGGAUGUCACUCCUGCAGUGUUUGUGCUCAAGGUGCCUGCAGAGAGGGAGGGGAGACAGGGGUCACUUGUAACUGUCCCCCAGGAAGGAUGGGACCUCUGUGUGAUGAAACGGCUGCUAAUAAUCCCUGUCAGAACCACAGGUGUGUGCAUGGCGCCUGUGUUGUGAAGGCCCAGUCCUACAGUUGUCAGUGUACUGAAGGCUACCAGGGUCGGUACUGUGACCGACCCGCCUGCAGUCGGUGCGGUCGGGGAGAAUGUCGAAUGUCAGAAUCAGGCGUGCCAGUCUGUCACUGUCAGCCGGGCUACACCGGACCCACGUGUGACACAGAGCUCAGCUGCCAGGGAGAAAUGCUGAGGGAGCAGCUGAAACGCCACCAAGCCUUGAGAACCUGCACCUCCACCAGCAGGGUUCCCCGCAUGACCUGUCCCAAAUCCUGCCAGGCGUCGGCGCCGCCUGGCGUCUGCUGCGGCGUCACCAAGACCAGACGACGAAAGGUGGUUUUCCGCUGCACCGACGGCACCUCGUACUCGGAGGAGAUGGAGACGGCUCUGGAAUGCGGCUGCUCCCAAUGCCCGCUGUGACGGGCCGGGCCUGCGGCUCGCUCCCUGGCUCUGCAACACACACCUCUGCCGCUCUGAGAUCUUCCCACACGGACGAACACCAGCGCUCCAUGACUAACUCCCUCAGCCAAGCCGACCGCCGCCCCUUCGGUGCCGGAGAAGCCAGAACAGAAAAGGACAAAGAGAGAAAAUAUAUAUUGUAAAAUAUAUGUGAGAAACAUAGAACUUAUUUUUAUUAUGGAUUGUUUCUAAGAUGAUAAAAGGACUCAUAAGUUGUUUUUAAUGUUGGUUCUUAAAUGUGUUUCAUAGUUAAAAAAAAUAUUUUAUUCUUUGUAAGAAAAAAAACCCAACAAACUAGAUUAACAUUCCUUAAAAUAUCUGUAAAUCUUUAUAAAUACUUACUUUAACCAAAUGAA